AUGAUUGCUGCAGCAUACGGUCAGAUACGUGCUGCAUGUAGGCUUUUAGCUGGUGGUGCAGACGUUCAUCAAAGAGGCGUCCUACGGCAUUGGGGUUUCCAAGGCAAUGCUCUCUGCCGCGCAUGCGAGGAAGGAAAUGAGGAGGUUGCGCACUUGUUGGUGGAGGCAGGGGCUGCGAAUGACGCCGUGGAGAUCAUCAGAGCCUUGCUUUGUGCCCACACUGGUGGACUUCCGAAGUCAUCGAAGAUCGUGCAGCUGCUGCAGCAUAAGAGGCGCCGGAGGCUCGGGCCAUUUGCGCGCAGAGCGAGCUUGGCAAGACGUGGCCGGAAUUUUGUCUAG